UAGCAAAUUAGCAAAAGAUCCAUCCACACACACCAGAAAUUAGGAGCAGGGGCAAGAUGAGGGGUAAAAGUAUAAUUUCGAGUGGGAGCAAUGAAGUGGCACGUUCACCUGUCGGCACCAGUGGAGAAGAGAACAAGGCUUCUUCUCUCUUGUUCACAUUCAUAAUUUUAUGAACAGUCAAGUCAUCUUCGCUCAUUGAAGAAGAAACCCCUCCUCUCCCUGAAUCUUCUUGUUUCUGUCGAUUUCACACAGUUUCAAUCAAGCAAACGUUUUUAGAAAUCUUUGACACCACCAUCAAAUUUGGUUGACUGAUUGAGUGAGCGUUACCAGAGCAUUACCAGAGCAUUAUAGCAGGUGAUGGUUGUGCAACAAUGGCUAAGAAGAAAGGCUUGUUCACUGUAUUGAAAAGGAUUUUUAUUUCAGAAGCUAACUCAGAAAAGAAAGAGAAGAGAAGAAAAUGGACGUUUUGGAAGCUUAGGAUUAAAAAGAGAUUACCUUCCAUCACUGCACCUCCAGAGCACAGGACAAGUAAUGAAUCGUAUGAGGAACAGAAGAAGGAAAUUGUGUCAGAUGUGGGUGAGAUCAGCCAAGUAUCUUGUAGUCGACAGUUAGAUUCCAUAGAAGAGUCAAAAGGUUCAACAUCCCCAGAAACUGCUGAUCUAGUAGUCCAGUAUCAAAUAUUUUUAGAUAGACAGGAAGAAGUUCAUGCUGCUACUCGGAUUCAGACUGCUUUUCGGGGUCAUCUUGCAAGGAAAGCUCUACGUGCCUUGAAGGGAAUAGUGAAGCUCCAAGCAUAUAUCAGAGGUCGUGCCGUGAGACGCCAAGCAAUGACUACACUAAAAUGCUUGCAAUCUGUUGUGAACAUUCAGUCACAGGUCUGUGGUAAGAGAACACAGAUUCCCGGAGGUGGUCACAGAGAUUAUGAAGAGGGCAAUACAUUCAAUGACAAAAUUCUCAAGAUGGACACAAACAGUCAAAAGAGAUGGGACGAUAGUCUUUUGACAAAGGAAGAGGCAGAGGCUGUGGUCAUGAGCAAGAAAGAAGCUUCACUAAGAAGAGAAAGGAUAAAGGAAUAUGCGGUCACCCACCGGAAAUCCGCGGAGUCAUACCAGAAACGGAGUAACACGAAGUGGAAGUACUGGUUAGACGAAUGGGUAGAUACUCAGCUAACCAAAAGCAAGGAGCUCGAAGAUCUCGACUUCUCACUGAAAACAAAACCUAAAGAGGAAACUUUGAAUGAGAAGCAGCUUAAAACUCCAAGGAACUCAUCACCAAGAAGAUUGGUGAAUAAUCAUAAAAGACAAGUUUCAAUAAGUGAAGAGGAACAAAGCCCUGCCACGGUGGCUGUAAGUACACCAACUUAUAUGGUUGCAACAGAGUCAGCAAAGGCAAAGUCAAGAUCUUUGAGCUCCCCAAGGAUAAGACCAAGAAGUAUCGACACACAGUCAGAGAGUUACUCGCCGUAUAAAAACAAGCUAUGCCUGACCACCUCAAUGAUGAGUGAAGCACCAAGCAAAGUCAGGAUUGCAAACAAUGGCGGUAAUACUAGACCAAGUGCAUACCAGCAACGGUCACCAGGGUUAAGGGGAUUUAACAUAGGGCCUUUGAAAUCAUGCAAUAAUAAUACUCUGUUGAACGACCUGAGCAUUAAUUCAGAAAGAUCACUACCCAGCUGGAACAAGCAGAGCAGCUUGAGAUGAGUGGGAUAUUAUUUGAACCCUGUAUAUACAUCAUACACAUACGUUCUCUUGAGGGUCACAGUCUCAUGUGUAUCCAUCAAUCUUCUUUCGUUUUUUUUUUGUUUACAUUUCUUUUGUUCAUCUCAACUUCAGUUGGCUAAUUUCACAAGGACAAUAUAAACAUAUUGUCUAAUAUGCAGCCCUUUCUCGGUUUGAUCAUACAGUACUGUAUCUAUAGAUGAGACUCUCAGUUAACAAUAAAGUUGAGUCACUGUUA